AUGAAUAGAAAUGAAGCAGCAGUACUGGUUGAUGGUAAUCAGGAGGAUGAGAAUGAUGAUGGUCUAGCAAGACUAAAUCAAGUUGAUGAAUAUAUAGAAGAAGAGGAGGACGAUGAUGAUAUAAUGCACAACAACCGUAGUCCUCCAUUAUUGAAUGAUGGUAGUGGAAGUAGUGGAGGCAUUGAUAGUGGACGACAUCAUGAUGACGAAUUAAACAAAGCAAAGAAUGUACGAAGACACAUUAUCGGUGCAGUAUGUGUACUCAUCGUUGUAUUCCUUUGGGUAUUCUCAAGUAUAAUGACCCAGAUCAUAUUCACUACAGAGUCAUUCGAUAAACCAUUCUUCUUGACAUACUUCUCAACAUCAAUAUUCUCAUUCUAUCUGUUUGGAUUCGUAUUUAGAUGGAAACAAUGGUCUUCCAUACCAAUCCAGAAUGAUCAAACUCGUCCAUCAUUCAGCAAGUUGGACCAAUUAUCAUAUAAUGGCGAGGCUGUGGAAAUUGACAACAACAACUCUUCGCCAAACGUACCAUUAUCACCUUCAUCUAUCAAUGGUGAGCGUCGCCCACUGCAGAUGCAACCUCAUUCAAUCAAAUCAAUCAUCAAGUUCAGUGCCAUCCUCUGUCCAAUCUGGUUCGCUGCCAACUAUACAUACAACAUCAGUCUGGACAUCACAAGUAUCUCGUCCAACACCAUCCUCAGUUCACUCUCUGGUGUCUUCUCAUUAUUCAUCAGUGUGGCAAUGAAGGUUGACAAGUUCACAAUCGAGAAGUUGUUCGCCACCAUUAUAUCACUUACUGGAAUCAUUAUGGUCAGUUAUUCAGACAUCAGCGGAAAUAAUGGAAAUGAUACUGUAAUUGGAGACUUGUUGGCUGUUGUUGGCGCUUUCCUUUAUGGCCUAUAUUGUACAAUGAUAAAGAAAUUGGUCAUAUCCGAGAACCUGUUACCAAUGCCAAUGUUAUUUGGAUUCAUUGGAUUGAUUAACUUCUUGGUGUUGUGGCCUGGAUUCUUUAUACUUAACUCCAUUGGGUUCGAGGUGUUUGCCUGGCCCUCGGGUAGAGUAUUCCUAUUCCUCCUGUUCAAUGGCAUAUUUGGAAGUUUCUUGUCGGAUCUGAUCGAGUCCUACUCAGUGGUAUUGACAAGCCCUGUCAUCAACACAAUUGGUCUAUCAUUAUCAAUUCCACUGGCAAUGAUCAGUGACUUUGUUCGCAAACACAAGAUGUUUGGUUGGAUGUACCUGUUUGGCUCAGCACUGGUCAUACUUGGAUUCCUGUUGGCCAACCUCGCCAGCUCGCUCUUUGAGUCUCGUCUGCGAUCGAUCGAACAAAAGGUGUUGUCCAAACUCAAGGGAAUAGUAAAGAGUGAUUGA